GCACAACACAACACAUAUAGUCUACGUUUACACAUGGUGCUCGGUGUCUGAUAUCUUUACACGCUUUUCUCUCUCUAAAAAUAGCAGUAUUCCCCCUUUCUUUCUCUCUCUACAAGCUUACAGUUUUUUUAGUUGUUCAAUAAAAGAAAAACAGGCAGAAAUGUCGGAGCCAAAAGACCAGGCAUUUAAGCUGUUCGGGAAGACUAUUCAAGUGCCAGAGAUCUCUGUUACUACUGCUACCACCACAGAUGAUGAUGAUGACGACGAUAGUCAAGAUCAAGACCGUCCUUCUUGUGCAAACUCUUCUCUUGAUGAGACCAAUAUUACUGACGAUUAUAAUAACAAUGAUAAAAGAGAUCAUGGAGAAGAAGAUACAGAAACUGAUGAUAAGGAUUCGGUGGGUAAAACAACAAUUGAGAACCAGGAAGAUGGAGCUUCACCUGUAGCUGCCAAAGAGUCUUCAAAUCUAGAUGCAACUUCAGGGACAAGUGAAAACCCUAAAACACCUUCCGUUGAGAAAGAGAGCACGGCGUUGAAAACUUCAAACACUGAAGAAGAACAGAGUGAUACAAGUAAUUCACAAGAGAAAACCCUGAAGAAACCAGACAAGAUCAUUCCAUGCCCCCGCUGUAAUAGCAUGGACACAAAGUUUUGUUACUACAACAAUUACAACGUGAACCAACCCCGACACUUCUGCAAGAAUUGUCAGAGAUAUUGGACAGCUGGCGGUACCAUGAGGAAUGUGCCUGUGGGUGCUGGUCGUCGCAAAAACAAGAACUCAGCUUCUCAUUACCGUCACAUAACCAUUCCUGAAGCUCUUCAGAAUGGUCGAGCUGAUGUUCCAAAUGGAGUCCACCAUCCUUCACUGAAAACUAAUGGAACAGUGCUAACCUUUGGUUCUGAUGCACCUCUUCAUGAAUCAAUGGCUUCGGUAUUGAAUCUUGCUGAUAAAACAAUGCGGAACUGCACAAUGAAUGGGUUUCAUAAACCUGAAGCAUUAAGGGUCCCAGUUUCUUAUGGAGGUGGUGAAAACGGUGAUGACCAUUCUAAUGGAUCUUCUGUCACUGUGUCAAAUUCAAGCGAUGAAGCUGGCAAAAGUGUGUCAAAAGAAUCAGCUAUGCAGAAUUAUCAGGGCUACCCCCCUCAGAUACCAUGUUUUCCUGGAGUUCCCUGGCCUUACCCUUGGAAUUCAGCUCAAUGGAGCUCCCCAGUACCCCCACCUGCCUUUUGCCCUUCCAGUUUUCCUAUGCCAUUCUAUCCUGCAGCAGCUUAUUGGGGUUGUACUGUACCAGGUGCUUGGAAUGUCCCUUGGCUUCCUCAACCAUCUUCUCCAAAACAAACCUCCUCGAGCUCUGACCCUAACUCUCCAACCCUAGGGAAACAUUCAAGAGAUGAAAACUUGCUCAAACCUAGCAACUCCAAAGAAGAGCUGGUGAACACUGAAAGAUGCCUUUGGAUUCCGAAAACGCUGAGGAUUGAUGACCCAGGAGAAGCCGCAAAAAGCUCUAUAUGGACAACACUUGGGAUUAAGAAUGAUAAGCCUGGCUCAUUUGGUGGCCGAGGACUCUUUAAGGCCUUUGAUUCAAAGGUUGAGAAGAAUCGCGCAGCCGAAACCUCUCCAGUCUUGCACGCUAAUCCUGCAGCAUUGUCUAGAUCUCUCAAAUUUCAGGAGAGCUCAUAAUUCGGGUAGCUUUAACUUGAUAUUUGUUCCGAGCAGUGGAAACAAGUUCUGGUGUUUCAACUUUAACAGCUUCAUAAACUGAAGGUUUGCAGUUCAGUCACUGGCAUCAUUUGUCAAUGGUCUCCUUGCAGUCGAUCUAUAAGAGGAAAGAGCAGAGGAGAAGAGAACUAUCCUAGCUAGCAGCAGUAGCCACCGUUAGGUAUUUAUCUUUUUGCUGGAAGCAGUCCAGGACGGUGCUUUUGGAUGUCCACUUACAUGGUUUUCCAAGUUAAUGUACAUAUUUAUAUAUGAAAUAGUGAGAAAGUGAGAGCUUAGGAAAGAAUUGAGUUUGUGUAGCAUAAGAAUCCCUUUUGUACUAAAAUAAAUUUGGGAAUGGAAAUCCAACCUCUUCGUUUU